AUGGUUGUCACACGUUCGGUGAAAGCUAUUGGUAAGGAUGGUAACGAAGGUAAGACCGUUGCGGAGAGUGAGGCUGGGCCGUCGACCGUGCCCUCAACCCCUCUUGUCGACUCGACAACCGCACCACCGGCGCCUUCACAAUCCCGUCCCGUAAGUACUUCGUCUCGUUCUUCGUCCACGGUGGUGGCCAGAAGGUUAGCGGCUGAGGCGCAGCACGCGCGUCGCCUCGUCGAGCUAGAGGCACAACAAAUACGCCACCGCCGUGAGCUCGAGCGUGAAGCCGCUGAACGUCAAGCUGCUGAACGUCAAGCUGCCGAGCUAGAUGCUCGCCGGCUGGCCGAUCUGGAACGAGUGACCGCCGACCUAGAGCUAAAAGCGGAAAUCGCCGCCAUCGAGGCAGACGCGAGUCGUCAUAGCUCUAGAAGCAGCCAUGUUAACAUAGACCAAUGGUUCUGUAAGUCUGAAGCUGCCUUUAAUCAUGAAAAUACAUUAAUUAAUAAUAAUAUUUUCAGGGAUCUGGAAACUGAAGCCCCUCGUGCGCUUGUCGCAUCCCCUGCGCGGACAGCGACUGUGCGCCGCGACUGUGGUGCCGCGAUAACGGUGGCUCCCUUCGGACGCCGUGACUAUGGUGCUGCGAUGACUGCGGCCCCUCUCGAGCGUCCCGAGAGUGGAGAAGUUCCACAGCUGAUUAAAAGUCUGGGUGUUUUAGUAGAAAGUGUAAAUAAAGGCAUUGGCCACGCAAUUAAUCGUGUUCCUUUACCCCGUUUCGAUGGCAAGUCGCAUCUAGAUUGGCUUGGCUUGAAAAAAGCCUUCGAAAACACGCAAGGUUCCUAUACAGCUGCGAAUAACUUGUCAAGGCUGAACACUGCGCUGACGGGCGCGGCGCGCGAGGCAGUCGCCGCGCUGCUAGUGUCUGCGCGCGACCCCGGCGUCGUGCUAAACGCGCUCGACGCACGCUUCGGCCGCCCCGAGAUCGUGGUGGCACACGAAGUUGCUGCGGUGCGCGCAUUGCCGCGCGUGAGCGCUGAAGCAGCGCACGUUGAGGUGGAUGACGAUGAGCCGGUAGCGGGAACUUCUGGCACUGCACCGCGAGCCCCGACUGCCCACGCCGCAGCACCUACUCUCAUGAGCGACUCUGCUUCAUACGAUGUCGAAUCAAAGGAGAUUCUGACCCACACAUCGACAUCGGUUGCCGCGGGAUAUUCGGCUCAGACGUUGCCUCCGUUGCCUCCUCGUCCGUUAUUGAAGAUCGUGGCGGUAACCGUGUCCGGUCCGUUAGGUUCCGUCAAUGCGUACGCGAUGUUAGACGACGGGGCAACGGGUUCGUUCAUUGAGCAGGAUAUCGCCGCGCAAAUAGGUGCCUGUGGACCCCAGAGGCGCAUGAGGUUAGACUGUGUCGGCGGGUUAGGAAAAGAUACGUAUGUGCAGUAUGUUGAUUUCCAUAUCAAAGGUCGCCGUGGCAAAGAUACGUACUAUAUCAGCAAAGCGCGGGCGAUGAAAGGUUUAGGUCUCGCUACUCAAACUCCCGAUAGGUCGAGCGUACUUAAAUUUUCCCACCUUUCAGACAUCGCAGAUGAGUUUUGUUACGGCAACAUACAGCCGUCGAUUAUAGUCGGUCUCGAUAAUUGGCACCUCACAAUUCCUAGGGCUAUACGCGAGGGUAGUAGAGCAGAACCGGUCGCGAUUAAUACCGCGUUAGGUUGGGUCCUGUUCGCCUUUGGUUGCAGUAAAGCCGCAUCCGCCGAGACCGUCAACCACGCUAUAGUGAGCGAGCCCGCGGUCGCGGAUGUCGGCGAUCGCGCAGUUUUAGAACAGUUGAUUCGCGAGCAAUAUAGUUUAGACUCAAUCGGCAUUUCGAAACGCGAAGCGCGCAGCGAUGAUAAUGAUCGCGCUGUCCAAAUUCUUGACCGUACGGCGUGUCGCCUGCCUAACGGGCAUUUUGAAGUCGGUUUACUUUGGAAGUCAGACAAUUUAUCUGUGCCUGAUAGUCGCAAGCUUGCCUUAUCUAGGUUUUUUAGUCUCGAGAAUAAGAUGGCCCGUGAUUUUCAGUAUGCAGAUCGUUACCGUGCAAACAUACACGACAUGUUACGGAAAGGUUAUGCUGAACUGUGCACGGAAGAGCCUAGCGCCAAGUCGCCAGUUUGGGUCUUGCCGCAUUUCGGAGUAACCAAUCCAAACAAACCUAACAAAUUAAGAGUCGUACACGAUGCUGCUGCUAAAAGUCACGGUGUAUCGCUAAAUUCACUUUUAUUAACCGGCCCAGAUUUGUUGCAGCCCCUGCUCGGAAUCUUAUUGCGGUUUAGAGAGGGAAAAAUUGCCCUGACUGGUGAUGUUCGCGAGAUGUUUCCCCAAGUCAAGAUCCGACCAGAGGAUCGCGACGCUCAGAGGUUUUUGUGGCGCGACUCGCCCAAAGACCCUAUCAUGACAUACCGUAUGUCAUCUAUGAUUUUCGGUGCCGCUUCCAGCCCUUUCACUGCCAUUUAUAUAAAGAACAAAAACGCAGUGGAAUGGCAGGAGCGUUUUCCAGACGCGGUUCGAGCCAUCAUGGUUGAUCACUAUAUGGAUGACUGUAUAGUGAGCCUAAAUUCUGUUGACGAGGCCGCAAAACUUGCUGCCGAGAUCACCAACAUCCAUAAACAUGCUGGCUUCGAGAUGCGUGCUUGGACUUCAAACAAUCCCUCUGCGCUGCGUCUACUACCCAAAGAGAGCUUGGCUGAAGUCCCUGUAGCUAGCAAUGACGUAGACGUUGAUCUUGGUCGACUCACUGCUCCUGUGCGAACACUGGGACUUAUUUGGCAACCCGUUUCAGAUAAGAUUGGUUUUAACAUCGGAAUAAAGGGAGAACGUUUGUUGCCAAAUAAACUCACUAAGCGUGAAGUGUUGGCUCAUGUCAUGCGGGUUUUCGACCCACUCGGUAUCCUGGCGCCAGUAGUGAUUACGGGUCGCAUCAUGUUCCAAAAUGCGUGGCGUAAGGGUAUCGAUUGGGACGAGGAGUUGUCGCAAAGUGACAGUGCAGCAUGGAGACUCUGGUUUGAGGAUUUAUAUGCAAUUUCUGGUCUACAGAUCCCACGCUGCUACUGCCUUGGCGAAUAUCGAAUCGAUAAGUGCGAGCUUCAUUUGUUUUGUGACGCGAGCGAGUCGGCGUUCGCUGCGGUUGCAUAUUGGCGGUUCGUCUUAGAAAAUGGUGAAGUGAAGCUGGCGCUUAUAUGUAGCAAAGUUCGAGUAGCUCCUUUAAAACAAAUUUCCAUAAAUCGCUUAGAGCUCCAAGGAGCGUUGAUCGCAGCCCGUCUCGCUUCUACGAUUUGCGAAGCACACAGAUUCAAGCCUGUCAAUCGCAUAUUCUGGUGCGAUUCUAUGACGGUUUUAGGGUGGCUUCGAAGCGAGGCGCGCUUAUUUAAGCCAUUCGUUUCUCACAGAGUAGCCGAGAUUAUGGAAAUAACCGACGUAAAAGAAUGGCGAUGGGUGCCAAGUCAAAUCAACGUUGCGGAUGAUGCUACCCGCAUCAAGCGAGUGACGUUAUCAUCAAAAUCGCGUUGGAUUUCGGGUCCUGAAUUUUUGCUCUCUUCGGAGUGGCCCAGCGAGCCCAGUUCACCAGAAUAUCCAGGCAUGGAAGAAGAGAGCAAACGUGCAGCGCGUCCCGAUUUGGUUCAUCUCAUUAGUGAUGUUGAAAAGCACGAUCCAGUCUCAGCCGAUCCUAAGCGGUUCAGUUCUUGGGUGAGGCUGGUACGCGCAACAGCAUUAGCUCAUAAGUAUUUGUCAUUACUUAGAACCCAUUGCCUAACUAGAAAGGGUCUAUGUGUAGACAAUUUAGUCCGCUUGGAGGGGGGCUUGUGUAGUUUUGUGUUUCAGCCGUUCAACCAAUGGCAACAGUUCGCCGCCCCGCGCUCUGUGCGCGAAUCUGCCGCGGGCCUGACCGCCGCAGAUCUACGUCUAGCUGAACUUCACAUUCUGCGCCAGUCCCAGUUGAACACAUUUCCUGACGAGAUGGCCAGUCUAGAUAGCCAUCCCGCCCAGCUUCUGCCACGCACCAGCCGUUUAUCAAAGCUAUCGGUGACUAUCGGAGACGACGGACUUAUGCGUUUAUCUGGCCGUAUAAGGACAGCGUCGCAAAUACGGGACGAGAUGAAAAACCCCAUUGUGCUUGAUGGCAAAGAUCCAGCUGUGCGCCUGCUUGUCGAGCACCACCAUCGCAGGGCUACCCACGCCAACACAGAGACCGUUGUGAAUGAGCUGCGACAAGAUUAUCACCUUUUGUCACUGAGAAGUACCGUCCGCAAUAUCACCUACAACUGUUUGUUUUGCCGAAUACGCCGGGCCAAGCAGUUUCAACCCGUGACGGGAGACUUACCAGAAGCACGCCUUGGACACCACAAACGGCCAUUUACAUUCACAGGGCUGGAUUACUUCGGUCCAGUACAAGUUUCCAUUGGCCGAAGACGCGAAAAGAGAUACGUCGCCCUUUACACCUGCCUCGUAGUACGUGCAGUCCAUUUGGAAAUUGUCGACAGUCUGUCAACCGACUCUGCGAUUAUGAGCCUCCGCCGGUUCAUCGCUCGAAGAGGUACCCCAUCAGAGCUGUGGUCAGAUAAUGGGACUGCAUUCGUGGGUGCCAGCCGGGAGCUUCGACGCUUAUACGACGACGCUACGUCCCAGUUCGCUGCUGCGCAGAGAAUUAACUGGCGUUUCAUCCCCCCGGCGGCACCGUUUAUGGGUGGCUGCUGGGAGAGGCUUGUGAAGAGCGUGAAAACUGCACUCAAGGUGACUCUCACUGAGCGAGCUCCAACUGACGAGGUUCUACGUACACUUUUGGCUGAGGCGGAGGCCUUGGUGAAUUCCCGGCCGCUUACUCAUGUUUCCGUGGACCCUCAGAGUGAAGAAUCACUGACGCCUAUGCAUUUCCUGCUGGGUACUUCUUCGGGACGCCCAAUUCCAGCCACAUCGUCAGAAACGGACCUCCUGUCACGUUCCAGCUGGCGUAAGGCCGUCAGAUUGUCAGAACAUUUUUGGCGCCGCUGGUUGAAAGAAUAUCUUCCGACACUAAUACCCAGACGUGGUCGAGGUGAAGUUCCUCAAAUUGCAAUUGGUGACUUGGUGCUCAUAGCGGACGGCAAUACUUCCCGAGGUUCCUGGCUCCGUGGACGCGUCACAGCUGUUUUCCCAGGCCCUGAUGGCAUCAUACGAGUUGCGGACGUGCACACCAAUGGAGGCAUUUUGCGGCGGCCCCUGCGGAAGCUGGUGAAGCUCCCCCUUUAA